AAUAAAAAACAAAACGUAAAAAAGACUCCCAACAACUUCUGACCGGUGGAUAACCAACAUCGGCGAUGGUUUCACCGGAAAACACCAACUGGAUCUACGAUUACGGCUUCAUCGAUAAUGCGGUGGUUCCCGGCGGCACGUUCCUCACUCCGGCCGGUGGUUCCAGCUGGCACAUGCAGCCGCCGUUCAACGCUUCAUCAUCAAACCCUAUUGCGGAAUGCGAUGGCUCACUUGCAAGUUCAGAUGUACGUAAGGAAACUGGUUCAAAAAAGCGGGGAAGGGAACCAGGCAGUGCUACAAGUUCCAAAGCAUGCAGAGAGAAAUUAAGGAGAGAUAAACUAAAUGAUAAGUUUGUUGAAUUGGCUUCAAUUCUUGAACCUGAGGGACCCCCUAAAACAGACAAGGCUGCUAUUUUGGUUGAUGCUGUACGAAUGGUGACUCAACUGAAAAACGAAGCCCAGAAGCUCAAAGACUCGAAUUCAGAUCUCCAGGAGAAAAUUAAAGAGCUCAAGUCUGAGAAAAACGAACUCCGGGAUGAGAAGCAGAGGCUAAAGACAGAGAAAGAGAAACUUGAACAACAAGCUAACGCAAUGAACACCCAACCUAGUUUCUUGGCCCCGCCGCCUGGAAUCCCUGCCGCCUAUCCUGCCGCGAUGGCACUCGCACAAUCCCAAGCAAUGGGAAAUAAGUUGAUUCCUGUCAUGAGUUACCCUGGAAUGGCCAUGUGGCCGUUCAUGCCGCCUGCUGCUGUUGACACCUCGCAAGAUCACGAGCUCCACCCUCCGGUCGCCUAAUUUGGCUUUCGUUUUCAUUUAAAUGUUCAUGGCCUGCUUGUCAUUGUUUUAUCACUGUUAGGUAUCAGUGUGUAAUUUAUAUGAUAUAUCAUACACUCUUAAGUCGUUAUACCUGUGGCAUCUUUAGCAAGUAAAAUUUAAUGCUUAUAUAUGUUGUUUUUCGGUU